AUGCUGCACCUGAAAGUCCAGUUUCUGGAUGACUCCCAGAAGAUCUUUGUAGUUGAUCAAAAAUCCUGUGGAAAAGGGCUGUUCAACCUCACCUGCAGCCACCUUAACCUUACGGAGAAGGAAUACUUCGGGCUGGAGUUUCGCAGCCAGGCUGGGAACCACGUCUGGUUGGAAGCACUAAAACCCAUAACAAAGCAAGUCAAAAUGGACCCCGGCCAUCUGAGAGAAGAGCUGACCAGGUACCUCUUCACCCUCCAGAUCAAGAAGGACUUGGCACUGGGACGGCUGCCCUGCAGCGACAAGAGCGCGGCGCUGCUCGUCUCCCACCUGCUGCAGUCCGAGCUGGGCGACUUCCACGAGGAGACGGACCAGCAGCACCUGGCGACCCACAGGUACUUGCCCAACCAGGAGUACUUGGACAACAAGAUCAUGCACUACCACCGGCGACACGGCGGGAAGACGCCGGCUGAGUCAGAUGUUCAGCUGCUGGAUGUGGCCAGGAAGCUGGAGAUGUACGGGAUUCGCCCGCACCCCGCCAGUGAUGGCGAAGGGACACAGAUCAACCUGGCCGUGACACACAUGGGGGUGCUGGUCCUGCGGGGCAAUACAAAGAUCAACACGUUCAACUGGUCCAAAAUUCGCAAACUGAGUUUCAAGAGGAAGCAUUUUCUCAUCAAGCUCCACGCAAAUAUCUCUGCGCUGUGCAAGGACACACUGGAGUUCACCAUGGUGAGCCGGGAUGCCUGCAAGGCUUUCUGGAAGAUGUGCGUGGAGUACCAUGCUUUCUUCAGGCUGUCUGAAGAGCCCAAGUCAAAGCCCAAAGCCCUUCUGUGCAGUAAGGGCUCCAGUUUCCGCUACAGUGGGAGGACACAGCGGCAGCUGCUGGAGCAUGGGAGGAAGGCGAAGAUGAAGAGCCUGCCCUUUGAGAGGAAGCACUAUGCAUCCCGCUAUGAUGAGAGGCAGUGCCGCUCCUCCCCGGACCUCCUGACAGAUGUCUCCAAGCAGGUGGAGGAGCUGCGCCUGGCCUACGGCAGCCGGGGCUCCUACCCUGCCACCGGGGCGGCCACCUCAGAGCCCACACUGGACAGCCAACGCCGGAGCUCCGCCGUGGAGGUGAUGUUUGCUGCCGAGCUGGAGCGCUCCAAGCCCGAAGCAUCCCCUGCCUUCCUGCCCCACUCCAAAAGCUCGUCUGCCUUCCCCCUGCUCUAUGCCCAACUGGAGCUGGAGCGGGCAUGGGAGCCCAUCGACCUCUUUGGUGCCAGGAACCCCUUGACAUCCUUUCGGCCCCACCACCAGUUCGCUGGGAACAGUAAAAGCACCUCAGUGGGCAACAUGCGGGAAGUGAGUGCCCGGCCACUGGUGUACAUGGAUGUGCCGUGCCCCCCACCCAUGGCUGCCCCGGCCCCGCAGAUCCUCUACUACCUGGACCAGCCACCACAGCCCCCGUGCCAUGUGCUGGCACCCGGCAAGGACACAGCCAGUGCAUGCAGCCCUGCAGCUGCAAAACCCCUCAGACGGAGCCCAAGUGGGACCUGGGCUGGGGAGUUUCAUCGUGAGGCUGUGUGCAUGGCAGCAAGCACAAGUGUGGUCCCAGCAGGGGAGAACAGGUUGCUGGCUCGCUCCUUUGAUUAUGGCCUUCAGGAGCAGCCACCCAAGCGGUCUUGGAGCCAGUCGGACAUGAAAACCAUCCGCUUCCCCUAUGGCUCUGAGUUCAGGCCCCUGGGGCCAUGUCCCAUGCUGAGCAGCCGCAAAGUCUUUCGGCACGUGCCGGCACAGCAAGGGCUGGCACUGGGGCCGCGGCACUCCGCCGAACGCUACGUGGGCAGCAGCACUGAGUCCAGUGAUUCUGACUCAGACCUCCUGGCUGCCGACUACUGCUCCCUGUACGGCCGGAUGCUGCGGUCGCCCAUGGCCCGGGUGCGGCUAUCCUCUGGCAGCCUCCAGCUGGAUGAAGAGGAUGAGGAGGUGUCCUUUGCCACCAGUGCUGCUGAAGAGAGGACUUCCAGGGGGGCCUCCAGGUAUUUCACCUAG